AGGAAAGAAGCUCUGGUGUGAAGCAGCAGGUAGCGACCGGAUGCGCGCGUACGGCGGCUCGUUGGGCUCAAUCCGUGCCACUCCGCCGCUCCUGCUGACGAUGGGAGACGUUCUCUGCGAAGAGCUCGAGGAUAUAGUUCACUUCUCGGUGCACGACCUACCGGCACGAGGUUAUGUCGUCAUGGAGGAGAUCCGACGUCAGGGUAAACUCUGUGACGUCACCCUCAAGGUCGGAGGUCAUAAAUUCAGCGCUCACCGGAUUGUGUUGGCAGCCUCCAUCCCGUACUUCCACGCCAUGUUCACCAUGGACAUGGUGGAGUGUAAACAAGACGAGAUCCUGAUGCAGGGCAUGGAUCCCAGUGCUCUGGAGGCUCUGAUCAACUUUGCCUACAGCGGCCAUGUUGCCAUCGACCAGCAGAACGUCCAGUCCCUGCUGAUGGGCUCCAGCUUCCUGCAGCUGCAGAGCGUUAAAGACGCAUGUUGCUCCUUCCUGCAGGAGAGAUUACACCCUAAGAACUGUCUGGGGGUGAGGCAGUUUGCAGAGACCAUGAUGUGCACCACUCUGUACGACUCGGCCAACAGUUUCCUCCAUCAGCGCUUUGUGGAGGUUUCUGUGUCCGACGAGUUUCUGGGUCUGAGGGCGGAGGAGCUGCUGGAGCUGGUUGGCUGUGAUGAACUCAACAUCAAAGCAGAGGAGCAGGUGUUCGAGGCAGUGCUGGCCUGGGUACAUCAUGACCAGGAUCUGAGGGAACCGGUGCUGCCGGAGCUGCUGUCAAAGAUCAGACUUCCUCUGUGUCGACCUCAGUUCCUGUCGGACCGAGUGCAGCAGGAGGAGCUGGUGCGCUGCUGCCAUAAAUGCAGAGAUCUGGUGGAUGAAGCUAAAGAUUUCCACCUGAUGCCAGAACGUCGUCCUCACCUGGCCGCCUUCAAGACCAGACAAAGGUGCUGCACGUCCAUCACGGGACUCAUCUACGCUGUGGGAGGACUCAACAGCUCAGGUGACUCGUUAAACGUGGUCGAGAUGUUUGAUCCCGUUGGGAACUUCUGGGAGCGCUGCCAGCCAAUGAGAACAGCUCGCAGCAGAGUGGGCGUGGCUGUCGUUAACGGGCUACUCUACGCCAUUGGUGGAUACGACGGCCAAUCACGUCUAAGCACGGUGGAGGUUUACAACCCGGAGACGGACUGCUGGACACGUGUUUCCAGCAUGAACAGCCAGCGCAGCGCCAUGGGAACGGUUGUGGUUGACGGUAAUAUUUACGUGUGCGGUGGCUACGACGGAAAAUCAUCUCUGAAUUCUGUGGAGUGCUACUCGCCAGACACCGACAGGUGGACCGUGGUGACAGAAAUGAGUGCGAGUCGGAGUGCUGCCGGUGUGACAAUGUUUGACGGACGCAUCUUCGUCUCUGGCGGCCAUGACGGUUUGCAGAUCUUCAACACGGUGGAGUACUACAACCACCACACCAACCAUUGGCACCCAGCGGCGGCCAUGAUGAACAAGCGUUGCCGUCACGGCGCUGCAGCUCUGGGCAGUCACAUGUACGUGGCGGGGGGGUACGAUGGCUCGGGCUUCCUGAGCGGCGCGGAGGUGUACAGCUCGGUGGGGGGGCAGUGGAGCCUCCUGGUGGCCAUGAGCACGCGGCGCAGCAGAGUGUCGCUGGUGUCGACCUCGGGGCGCCUGUACGCGGUGGGCGGCUACGACGGGCAGUCCAACCUCAGCUCGGUGGAGAUGUACAACCCCGACUCCAACCGAUGGACCUCCAGGACCCCCAUGGGCUGGCAUGAGGGGGGGGUCGGGGUGGGCUGCAUCCCUUUGCAGCCCACCUAGAACCAGCCAUUCCAAGUGGAGGAUUUAAUACUGACGCUGAGCUUUAACGGUACAACGGCUCCGACCUGCACACUGACACCGGGCCUUGUGGGAUUGUGGGUAAAGGUGGUAGAGCUAGCCCGCUGCUAGCAUUGAGGUAAAGGACUGAUUAACUGAUGAAUAUUGAUUUUAUACUUGAUUUAAAAAAAAACAUCGGGAAGUUUCUCCUUCCUCAAAACAAAGCUGCUGACUUGGAACCGGAGGACCGGGUUUCAUCGAUUUGACUGUAAUCAAAGCGCUUGAUUGACAGGACACAGAAACACGUCUAAUCAUGAGACCACUGAAUUAAAAACCGUAUUGUACAUGGAGUGGAAUGUCCGGCUACUGAUUAGUCUUUUCCUUUCUGCGGUUGGUCGGGCGGACCAGUGUUCACCGUCUGAUGAUUCCUCGGUCUGGAGGAGAUAAGUUACCUAGCUACUGUUAGCUUGCUAAUUCCACCAUGCUCUAGUUCCCGGGAAGGAGCUGCUCAACAGGCUCAUUUCUUCUGGCGUUUACGCUGCGCUCUUGUCACCACGGUGACGAGGAGGGCUCAUCCGCUCUACACACAGCGUUUGGCUGCCUCGGUAUUGACCUCCCGGCUAAUGUCACGUGACCUGCUGAAGAAGGCGAUGACCAUGAAGUGAAGGCUCAAGAAUGAAUCUAAAAUGUUAACGUAUUUCUGAUUAAAUCAUUUUCAUCAACUAACAUUUUUGAUCAAAUUUCAAUGAACUGAGAGUUAUUGAUUCAUCGCCGUAGCCUCCUUGCAUCCACAGUGAUGUGAUGUUAUUGAUUGGUUAGAGGUUUAGAGAUCAAUAACAACGCUACGGUUUCCUGAUUCAACUGUCACAGUAAUCAAUAAUGUUAUUCUCGUGUGUGAAGAAUGAUUGUUAUUGAUCACUGAUCAAUUCUACAAUCAAGCAGAGACCGUAACGUACUCAUAUCUUUUUAUUUUUUAAAUUAAACUCUUGUCAUUAUCUAAGGUUGAAGAGGAAAAAAAAUCUCUUCUACCACGUGAGACCAUUGGAGGCCGCCCUAAGACUGCUCUUCAAGCUCACAUGAACAGUGGAGAGAUUAGAAAAGUAGCGGUCUUCUAUGUGGACCUUUCUAUUUAAGGUCUCUUCCAGUUUAUAGAACAACAUUCUUGAGUUAUUUGCAACAACUACUUUUGUGUCUUUGAAUCCAAACAUGUUUGUCUUAUGGACAUCAAUGUACCAACAUACAUUCAUACCAAAUACCACAACUACUGAGGGGAGACUGUUCACUGGUACCUUUUCAGAAAAAGAAAAUGGAUUAAUAAAUGUUAACCUGCUGUUGGAGAAUGUCUGAUAUGAAGUAAACAUUUUUAUAUGUAUCACCUAUGAUGCAAACACAAUGAUCUCAGCUCUGAGACUCUGUGUAAAAAAAUACUCCACAUAAAGCCACCUUUGAAAGCUUUUAUUUUGAAACAUUAAGAGAAGCAGAUUACUGAUGUCACAUGACACGGGUCAAACACACCUGUCAAUUUAAAGGAUGCUAUGAACCAAUGAAAAGGCUCUAAACGUGCGUUCGAGCUGUGUUGAGACUGUCAUCCCUGUGUUUCACCUGUGAUGUCUCACCUGUGAUAACGUGUCUCAUCUGUGAUAACGUGUCUCAUCUGUGACAACGCUUUUCACCUGC